CAAAUUUGCGCGGGUUCUCGUGUUGUGUACAUGGACGUUAAUGAAGGUUGUGUGCGGCGUGCCUCUGAAUCACUCAUCAUAAAGACCUCUAAAGUGGGGCCAUCAUGUCCAAGAGGCAGGGGUUCCUGGACUCCGUCAGCACAGAGAAGGUGGAGGACUUCCUCCGCUUCAUCCACCUCCAUAAGGACAAGACAGAGCCCUUCGAUGUGGCGGAGGUUCUGCAGGAGCUCCCCCGGGACCAGAGGGAGGUUCUGGGGGGCCGGCUGCUGGCCCUGCUGCAGGGGGUCCUUCUGAACCGGCCCCCGGGGGAGUGGGGGGCGGAGCCUGGGGCGGAGCCUGGGGCGGAGCCUGGAGCAGAGGCCAUGGAGGUGGAGGGGCCGGUGGACCCGAAGCAGACUAUCGCCGUGGUGGAGGGUGUGACGCUGGUUGCUACGGUGACGCUUAACGUCCUCCAAGAUGGCGAACCCUACGACUCCCUGCUGGAGUGUUCCAGACAGCUUCACGACCUCCUGGGGGUCCUCCCUCCCUCCGCCGCCCCCCUGCAGCAGCAGGUGCUGCGCCUCUGUGAGCUGUGGUGGAAGAAGGGGCUUCUGGGAAAGGAGCCGUUCGGACGCACCGCCUUCCUGAUGGCCCUGCAGAGGAGCCUCUCUCUGAAGAAACCAGGAGCAGAGAUCCAGAGGCUGUGGGCCCUCCACGCGGUGCUCCUGGGUCUGGACUUCACCUCGGAGGACAACCAGCCCAUGGUGCAACAGCUGCUGGAGUGCUUCCUCAGGAUGAACUUCGUCCGCAGCGACGACGGGAAGCGUUUCCUGGUUCUCCUGUUCAGCUGGAACGUGGACUUCAUCUGGAUGAUCCACGGGACCAUCAAGAACCAGCUGGAGUUCUACAACAAGGCGAUGACCAAUCACAUCGCAGAGAUCUACUUCCGGGCGUGGAAGAAGGCCACGGGCGACUUCCUGGAGAAGAUGGAGAGCGUUUGCGUCCAGGACCUGAUGAAGAACGCCAUCCUGCUGCACAGGACCUCCCCCGUGCACGGGAACGUCCGCCAGAUCAUGAGUUACUUCCACAAGAGGAAGGGCUGCCAGCGCGUCGACCGCAUGCUGUUUGAGCUCUACAAACCCAUCCUCUGGAGGGCUCUCUCUGCUCCUAACCACGAGGUGCGGGCGAACGCCGCGCUGCUGUUCACCGAGGCCUUCGCCCUCCACGACCCGGCGCAGAGCAGCCAGGGGAUCGACGCCGCCAUCCAGAAACAGCUGGACACGCUCAUGGGCCUGCUGGACGACCCCCACCCCCUGGUGCGCUCCACCGCCACUCUGGGGGUCUGCCACAUCCUGGCCUCCUGCUGGGAGUUGCUGCCCCCCACCGUCAUCACGGACUUCCUGAAGAAGCUGGUGCUGGAGCUGGCGGCCGACAGCAGCUCUGCCGACGUCCGCUGCUCGGUGUUCAAGUGUCUUAGCUUGGUGCUGGACAACGCCCUCAGCCACCCUCUGCUGGAGAAGCUCCUCCCAGCCUUGAAGAACAGCCUCCAUGACACCUCGGAGAAGGUCCGCUCCAGCUUCCUCGACAUGCUGCUCAAGGUCAAGGCUGUCCGCGCCGCUAAGUUCUGGUCCGUGUGCAACAUGGACCACCUGCUGGCCCGCCUGGCGCUGGACUCCCAGCCGGUCUCCAAGCGCAUCGUGAACCUGCUCUUCAAGUCCUUCUUCCCGGUCAACGGGUCUGAGACGGAGGUGUGCUGCCGCUGCAUCACCCUGAUCCAGAUGAACCCCCGCGCCGCCCGCAAGUUCUACCAGUACGCCUACCUCUACACGGCGCCCACGAAUCUAGUGAAGCUGAUGCAUUCGAUCCGUCGUGUGCUGAACACCUGCAUCCCGAGCCAGGCGGACGUCAACCAGGCGGACGUCACCCAGGCGGACGUCAGCCAGGGAGAGCUCAGCCAGCUCAGCGACGGCAACAAGGAGAACGACAGGGUGCAGACCCUGCUGUCGGCCCAGGACCCCGGCCUGGUGGCCAGCCUGCUGGAGGUACUGGUGGUUCUCUGGAGGAGCGUGCAGAAGGCGCUGGACCACAACAAGGAGGCCCAGCACUACACCGUGGCCAAGUUCGGCGCCGUCAUGUCCAAGUACUUCAACACCUUCGAGGGUGAGCGCUCUACGGUUUCUCUAGUGUUCCUGGCCUCGAUGAUGCCUCCUUCUGCUGUUCCAACCUUCAGCUGCGGGGUGCUGUCCAAGCUGCGGCGGAUGGAUACGGGUGCGAGCCAGCUGCAGUUCGGCCAGCUGAUAGACUGUCUGUGUGGCUGGGGCCAGGCGGGCGAGGUCCUGGACCUCAUCAGCCACUGGCUGACCGAAGCCCUGCCCAGGCCAGCGGCCAAGGCGAAGCCGGGGCGGAAGGUGAGGAUCCAGGAGACGGCGGAGGCCAAGCCGGACCUGGGCCUCUCCUUCCUGGAGUACCUGUUCAGCCGCUCCUCCACCCGGGAACACGUCCUGCCUCUGAGCCAGGCCUCCCUCGGGCCCCUCCACAAGAUCCUGGGGGCCUGGAACGCGGUGCUGUUCUCCUCUCUGAGCGGUGGGGAGGUGGACCGGGUCGACCCCCUGGUCCAGACCGCCUUGAAGGCCUUCACCCUGCAGGCCCGGCUCUCAGCGCACCUCCAGCACGCCUCGGCCCCAGAGAGCCGUGACUUCCUGAGCUCCCUGGAGCUCAGCAUGGCCUGGCUGGAGGAGAGGGUGCUGCCCUACCUGACCACCCCCAGCCCAGGCUCCGUCCCCGGGGAGGGAGAGGCGGCUGACGGGGGGGCCAAAGGGACGCUGGAGCUGGCCAAGGACAUUGUGGAGGGUUUCGUGACGGUGUGUCGGGACGUGCUGUUGGUGGGUUUGGGGGACGAGGAGUUCAACGGUCAAAUCCUGCACUUGUGUUCUGUGAUCCUGCUCUCAGAGAGAGGCUACCUGUGCAUCCCGCUGGUGCUCUCCGUCCUGAAGGAGGUGACGGAGGCCAGCGUUCCCCGGGAGGAGCGGGAGGAGCAGACCCCCCAGGAGGAGGACCCCAGCGGCCUGACCCUGGGCCUGGUGUCCAACACCUUCCAGAAGGUGGUGGAGCGGCUGGUCUGGGUGCUGAGGAAGAGGCCGGAGGAGGGGCGGACGCUGUGCGGGGCCGCCGGCCCCCCCAUGGGGGACUUCCUCCAGGUGGUCCAGGCCUGGGGGGCGGCGCCCUCCAGCCCUCUGGAGGGGGUCUUCUCCACGCUGUUCGCCGGCGUCUUUGUGGAGAUCAGGCACCGGCUGCAGAAGGCGUCCACGCAGGAGGAGCUGGCGGUGCCUGAGGCGGUAGAAGACCUCCCUCCUCUCUCCAGCACCCUGCUGUCAGUCAUCCUCAAGAGCCCUGCAGUCACCAGGGCCUUCCUGGCGGAGGUCAGCGCCUCGGUGGACUCGGAGGACAUCGACUGUGUGAUGGGGCUGGCCGCCUCGUUGCACGUCCUCAACGUGGUCACCCACGCCGGUCAGGGGAGGUCCGCUGUGAAGAGUGCCGCCGUGUGCAUCCAGAGACGGCUGCAGAAGAUCCCCGCCGGGCGUGUGGGAGACACACAGAGGUUAAUCUACGAGUCGUCGGUCAAGACAUUAAAUAAUGUUCUCGAUUUCUGAUUCAUUUUGUUGGUUUCCUACUGUGUGAAUGUUUUUAUGCUUUAACCUUGUAAUAAAUGCCUCUAUACUUAAAACAACAGUCUCUAUUGAGUCAAUGCAUGGAUAUUAAUCAGAUUUUCCAUUGGAAAGUCUGUAAAAAUGGGUGUGUGGGGGGGAUGUAUUGUGUCAGAAUUAAUAAAGUUACUGAAACAGCCCUUCCCUCACGUCUCUUUAACAAUUAAAUAUGUAUAUUUUCUACAUGGUAUAUAAACUACAUUGUUUCAAUACAACCAAUAUACAUUUGUAUGCCUGUGCUUGCUAAUUCAGGAGAACUGUAUAUGUGUUGACACUAUGAAUAAAGCGGUCCAUCAUUCAUGA